AUGUCUUACGCAGACAUACUUCGGGCGGUUAAGCAGAAUGAAAACCUGCAAGUGCUUGGGGAAAAUGUCUCGCGAAUUAAAAAGACAGCUAAAGGUGAGAUACUGUUGGAGCUAAAGAAAGCGCAGACAGGAAUUACUAAGGAAUAUAGAGAGGAGAUAGUGAAGAUACUAGGAGAUCAGGCACAAAUAAGAUCUCUAACACAAGAAAUUACAGUGGAAGUGCGAGACUUGGACGAUAUAACGACGAAAGAGGAUAUAGCACAGGCAAUUCGUUCAGAAUUUGAAGAGCUGCGUCUAUUUAGUGUAGAAUGCAUUAAAAGCAUCAGACCUGCAUAUGCAGGCACGCAAAAAGCUAUCAUAAGCCUUCAUGCACAGGAAGCAAAGCACCUACUGGCAGCACAAAAGAUAAAAAUCGGCUGGUCAAACUGCAGAAUCAGGGAAAAAGCGCAACUGAAGAAAUGUUUCAGAUGUUUAGACUGCUAUAUACCGCCAAGUAUACCACAUGCUGAAUAUGAAAAAAUACUUGACGACUUGGUAAAGGAUGCGAUGACAACUACACCUAAUAUAAUUGCAGGUGACUUUAAUGCCUGGGCGCUAGAAUGGGGCAGCAAAAAUACAAAUCUGAGAGAAACCCUAUUCCCACAACAAAAUCAAGAAGAAGGAAUUUAUUAUCGCGAAGAAGUCGCACAUGCGCCAGAAAUCACCGAGCAGGAAGUUGUUCAAGCUGCUGAGCGCUUUGAAAAUAGCAAAACACCAGGAUUAGAUGGUAUUCCGAAUAGGGCUCUUAAAAUUGCGAUCAGCUAUCAUCCACAGCCAUUUUCGGAUUUAUACUCACGUUGCCUUCGUGAAGGAGUGUUUCCAAAAAUUUGGAAAGUACAACGGCUGGUACUACUACAGAAGCCAAACAAACCGGCAGGAGAACCAAGUUCCUAUCGACCGCUCUGUAUGAUCGAUACGAUGGGCAAAAUCCUGGAGCGGAUAAUCUGUACCCGUUUAGAAAAUCAUUUAGAAGGAGAUGGAGGUCUCUCUGAUAACCAAUAUGGUUUUCGUAAAAAGCGUUCAACUCUUGAUGCAAUCAAGAAAGUUGCAGACUCGUUUGUUCCGGCGUACCUAAGCUUCUUUGGGAGAGGCGUCUCGCUCUAUGACAUUCGCUUCUUAGUGCGCUAA